AGAGAAACGCACACAGGUCUAAAGUCCACGCAGCAGCCGGAGCUGAGGGCACUUCAGUGAGGGUGAGCUCUACACGGCUCACAGCUCUUCAGCACGGUCUUAACUUUUAACUUAGACUUAACUUAAAAAACUCCACUUCGGGGUUCAGCUUUUGUGUGUUUUUUUUAGCUGGAUAUUUUGUGUACCGAUUACCUGCAGCCAGCUCGGAUAGGGUUUUUCUAAGUUUUUUUUUCUUUUUUAGUUGUUUUUUUCUGGCUUGGACAUUCCUGCAGACCGGAUAACUGCGCUUUACUGAGGGUUAACUCACUAGGCAGCGCAUCUUCCAGGUCGUUUUGCGCCUUUUCUCUCCGUUGCUGUCUUUGCAUUGUUGAUUUGGAACCAAGCCCGCUGGACACCAUCUACGGUCUGCUGUCUCGGCAGACGGAGAACCACCGAAACAAUGGCUAACGUCUUACCAGCGUGUCUCCUGCUACUGCUGUCGGCCCACCUGGUCCGCUCCGUCGGUGUGUUCGAGCUGAAGGUCCACGCGUUCCGCAGCGCGCGCGCCCUCUGCCAGCGCGCCGUCGACUGCCGCAUCUUCUUCCGCCUGUGUCUGAAACAUUCCCAGGACGUGAUCCUGCCCGAGCCGCCGUGCACCUACGGCUCCGGCCUGACGGAGCCCUUCAGCGCAGACCAAAUCUCCAGCAGCGCUCCCAUCAGAGUGCCCUUCAACUUCAAAUGGCCGGGAACGUUUUCCUUGAUAAUCGAAGUGUGGAGUGCUGAGUCCUCUUCCGAACAGUCCACCGAAAACCAGAACAAUCUCAUCACCCGCCUGGCCACCAAGCGCACGCUAGCCAUCGGGGAGGAAUCGGCCCAGGAUGUUCACCAGGGAGAGCAGAGUGAGCUGCACUACUCCUAUCAUGUCGUCUGUGACGAGCACUACUACGGCGACAGCUGCUCGGACUACUGCCGUCCCCGGGACGACACCUUCGGCCACUUUACAUGCGACGCCACUGGCAGAAGGAUUUGCUUGGAGGGUUGGAAAGGAGAUUACUGCACAGAGCCCAUCUGCUUGUCUGGCUGCAGCGAAGAGCGCGGUUAUUGUGAGACCCCCGGCGAGUGCAAGUGCCGCCUCGGGUGGCAGGGCCCCCUCUGUGAUGAGUGCCAGCGCCACCCGGGCUGCUUGCACGGCACCUGCAGCCAGCCGUGGCAGUGCAACUGCAAGGAAGGCUGGGGUGGCCUCUUCUGCAACCAGGACCUGAACUUCUGCACUAACCACAAGCCCUGCAGGAAUGACGCCACUUGCACCAACACAGGACAGGGCAGCUACACCUGCACCUGCAAGCCCGGCUUCAGCGGCACCAACUGCGAGAUUGAGACCAGUGAGUGCGACAGCAACCCAUGCAAGAACGGUGGCAGCUGUAACGAUCUGGUGAAUGGCUACUCAUGCACAUGCCCUCAGGGCUUCUACGGGAAGAACUGCGAGAUCAGCGCCAUGACCUGCGCCGAUGGACCCUGCUUCAAUGGUGGCACCUGUGUUGUUGACAAGACCGGAGGCUACUCCUGCCAUUGCCCCGUCGGUUACAUGGGCUCCAACUGUGAGAAGAAAAUCGACAGAUGCAGCAGUGACCCCUGUGCCAACGGUGCACAAUGUCUAGACUUGGGCCUCAGCUUAGUGUGCAAAUGCCGUCCAGGCUUCAAAGGCACUCACUGUGAAAUCAACAUAGAUGAGUGUGCCCGCAACCCCUGCCGCAAUGCUGGCACCUGCGUGGACGGCAUCAAUGACUAUACCUGCAAGUGCACACUGGGCUUCUCAGGCAAGGACUGCAGCGUCCGCACUGAUGCCUGCAGUCGUCUGCCCUGCGAGAACGGUGGGACCUGCUAUACCCACUUCAGCGGGCCUGUGUGCCAGUGCCCACCAGGUUUCAUGGGCACCCGUUGUGAGUAUGACCAGCCUCCCACUCAUGCUCCCCCAGGAGAUGGCUUUCCAGCAGCCCUGGCUGUCUCCUUCACCCUGGGCCUGAUCACCCUGACUCUGGUGCUGUGUGCCGCCAUAAUCCUCCUUAGGCAGAUGAGGCGUAGCGGAAAAGUCGUGUCCACCUCCGUCCAGAACCAGUUGGACACGGUCAAUAACCGCACCUCUAUGAUCUCCACCUCGCAGUCUUGCUUCAAGGAAAAGGAAGCUUUCCUCAUCCCUGGCGGCCCAUACAAAGUGUCCAACAAGGAUGUAGCGCUGAGCUCUGGUAUGCUGGACAAAUGCUCAAGUGACAAGGCCAACAACAAGCAGAAUAUGUUGGACUACAAUCUGGCCGAUGAGAAACAUACAAAGGACAAGCUAGACCUGAAAGAGUCCAGCAUAUUGGUUCCACCUUUGAGCUACCCUAAGGAAGGUUUAUAUCAUCCUGUAUACAUCAUUCCAGAACAGAUGGAACCAUGUAUUUUUGCUACUGAGGUUUAACUGCAACAGUAUUCUCUAAUCUGGAGCACCUCAAGCAAUAGCAGGCUCUGCUUUACCAUGUUUACAUGCUUUUAAAGGAAAAUUGGAAGAACUGAAGAAUAUAUAUUAUAUAGACAUAUAUUAUUUAAUAUUUAUUCAUGCUGCUCAGAAUGAAAGGACUACUUUUUGAUGUGGACAAUGUUGUUGCGGAGACAAAGCAAGAGAAGUUGAAGGGCUGGAAGACCAACCGCCAGCAUUAUUUGCACUACCAUUUUUCUUUCUGUUUUUUACAUUCAUCACAGAUACACAUGCAUAUGGUUUUUUUUAUUAUAGUUGUUAAGAAAGGAAUAUGAACUCUGGAUGAACUGGAGAGAAUGUAAUAUUCCUCAAUCGCAAAAAGGCAGGACCUUUUCCUUCCAGGUGCCUUAUAUGAUGAAAAAAGGGCAUCUCAAUCUUAAUGAACUCGCCUUAUCGCUUUAUUAUACCAAAUGAGGCCAUGCAUCCAGUCAAUCAAACCCUGAGACUCUGAGCUGAGACAAGGGAGAUGUAGCGGAGCAAUUCUGGAGGCUGACCUUGGGAUACCCAUUGGACCUUUUGGAAUGCGAUUGAGGAUCUAUCUGACGACAAACAAUCAAGGUGAUUAACAGGCUGGUUUCUGCUGGAGGCAGUGCAGGCAGUGGUCACAGGAAAUCUGAAAUCAUUGUGUAACCACAAACUGUUACACAAUACCCAAUGCCUAUUAUGGUCCCGACUAUCAGUGAAAACUCAAGUGAACUUAAUCCAAACAAGUGCCUGAUUUUGUCUGUACCAUGGUUUAAUGAAAAAGAGGUACUGCUUAGAAACUCGGAAUUGUCAACAAGCCCUGUCUAAAUUUACAGAACUUGUAAAAUGAUUUGAUAGGCUGAUAUACGUUUUACAUUAGAAGUGUUUUCAGCAUACAAAACAGCAGUUUUUCUCAAAGCAGUAGCUGGGGUACAGAUUGUUUGUACAACGCGACUUGAUGGAUUGUUGUUGCGUACAGCUUUCAUCCUGCUCAUCGUCCACUGCCAGUUAGCUAUUUCCUACAUUCCCAUGACUUGAAAGAAGCGUUUCAUCCAAACUGAUAGCCUCGCUAUUGUCAAGAUUUCCUGGCCUGCAUCAGGGUCUUUUCAAAAAAGAUCUCAUCUUAAUGGGGCGAGAUGCUUCACUAGAGUUUUUCAUGAUUGUUGUGUUUUUUUUUUUUUUUUUUAACUUUAAACCAAAUAGAUCUUUUGUUAUGUGUUCUAUUAAUAUCCUCAAUAAUUUAACAAUGCAAUGUUGUACAAAACUUUGAGAUAUUUCUACUAUUUAAUUUGAUUGUAUAUAAUUUGUAUUUAUAAAGAGAAUUGUAUAUAUGUCAAUGUUAUGUGCCUAU